AUGGACGAAGUGCCGGAUUUGAGUGCGUUGUUGAAGGGGAAGCUGCAAUUGCUCUCGAAGAAGUUAAUUCCUGCCGAUGUGCAAGGGUCGACCAGUUCUGACGCAGGCCGAGCUUCCAAGGAAGGAGCUUCUUGUUUGGUCAACAAAGACGUUGGGGCGGAGCCUCCUGCCUCGAGUCCCAAAAAGAAGAAGAAGAUCAAGAAAUCCAGGAGGAAAGCGACCGAAGAGCUUCCUCUUGAAGAGAUCGCUUCUCUCGACGAAAACUCUGAGGGUUUGGAAGCAAGGAAGGAAGAGAGAGGAAGGAAGAGACCUUACGAAGGGGCUACUUCCUCCGUUGAUCACGGAGAGGCGCCGGCAGUAGGGCGAGAAGGCUCUACAGGGGGUUCCGUCGAGUCGGACCGUUCCAAAGCGGCGCUUAAAGAUCGUCCCAGAAAGAAGAAGACGAAGGGGUCCAUCGAGGCGGAGCCGCGUCCUUCUGAUGUGGAGACGGGCCUGGUCGAGGUUGUCGCGGGAGGCGGCGUUUCUCUUGAAACUCCUCCUGAGGAAAGAGAGGUCUCAUCGCGGGGCAGUGAUCCUAUUGCAAGUGAGAGAUCUGUUCAUGAUCCGUCUGCGAGGAAAGGGUCUCGUUCAGAAGGUUCUACUGUGAGGAGGAGGAAAAUCGAGUUCCCCGAUCGCGUCGAGUUUUCCUACAACGAGACGACUCCCCUGAUCCUUAAUCCUCCUAGGUGCGCGGAGCUGACGCGCGAAAUUCGUGGUGGGACGAAGGAGAUGCCACAAUUGGACGACCUUUACUUCAAGACUAAAUACAUAGACGCUGCUUCCUCGAGAGCUCGGAGUGACGGGAGUAUGAACUUUCUCGUUGAGAAAUACGACAGUACUCUGAAACAGACAAUGAUCCAGUUGGGAUCUUCGGAGAAGCUUGCCCAAACGAGGUUGAAGGUCAUCGAGAGAGUAAGGGCGGAGCAUAAGAAGGCCAACGAGAAGGCCGCGGAGGAGAAAGAGAUUCUUCGAGUGAAGUUCGAAGAGCUGGAGGGCAAGCUUAAAUCUUCCAGCGCGGCGAGGAAAGAGCUCGUCCGAGAGAAAAGUCAUUUGGAGCAAACGGCUGCGAACCUGGAGAAGGAGAAGACCGAGCCAGUCGAAGAGAGAGACGCCGCGGUAGACAAACUAAUCAGAGAGAGGCAACGUUUGAGGGACUCCCGGGGUUUGGAGGUUACUCGUGAGAGAGAAAGAGUCGAGGCUGCUAUGGCUGAGAAGGCAAGUCGCCGUUUUGAUCGCGUGCGCGACCAUUUUACUCGUCUAGAGGCUUUUGAGAAGGCGAAGAACCUGUAUGGUCAAGCUUCGGGAACGAAAAAGUGCCUCGAGGUUAUGAAGGCGAGUGGGACGGAGAUUCCCCAAGAAAUGAUCGAUGUCUUCGCUGAGCAGGAGAAACUUUACGAGGUGGAGGUUAUGAAACUCCGAGUAGAGCCGCUGUCUGAUAGCGACCUUACUCUUUCUCCGCUGGUCCUUCCUUCUCGUUUCGUCGCGGACCGGUUCAGAACGUCAUUCGAUCCCCAUGGGUCGAACGUAAAUUUGAUUGGGCCAGAGACGGCUUCUCGGCUCGUUACCUCGCUCGAAGUUGUUGAGGAGCCAUCAGAGGAGCCACUGGUUGACGUCACGUCUAUCCCUACUGAACAUGUCAAGCCCCCGGUGGGAAGUGGUCUUGACGAGCGCCCAGAGAAUGAGAAUCUGGAGGGGUUUCCUGGAAAGGACGACCUCGAGAUGGGCGACACUCUGUUUCGAGAAGAAGAGACCGAGAACGUGGGCAUCGAGGAUCUUGUGCUUGUCUCGGAUUCUUCCUCCGAAGGACAAGAGGAUGAAGAGAAGGAAGACGAUGGAAUCGAGGAGACGUCGCUGCCACGUUCUGCUGAGGAGGAAGACCCUACUGCUGCCGCUACCAAUGGUCCUGACGAUCAAGAUUCUGUGCCUUGA